CAUCUUUUCGUGAUUAGUUUACCACUCUUUAUCUCAAAUAUACACAUACGUAUAUACAUAUAUAUAUAAAUCAUGACUGAAGUCGACUACAAAACCUACAGCGACGACGCGUGCUUCGGGAAGGAGGCGCCUUCAAUCGAUGCAUUGGAGCCUAUCAAGGGUGAUAAAGUAUCCAUUGGUGAGAUAGGUGUAUACGUCCUGUACUUUUUCAACACUUUUUACCGAGGUGCGGAUAUUUGCAACAACGAGUUCACACAGUUCUCGGAGCGUUUCAAUGGUAAGGCCACUAUCAUUGCCAUCAGUACCGAUGCAGACAGAGCCAAAACAGAGAAAUAUCUCGGAAAGGAGAUCAUUGAUGAGAACACAAAGAAUCGUCUGCGCCUCGAUCCUCCCCACAUCGUUUUUGACAACCGGAAAGAGGUCAGUAAGGAGUAUGCUUCUGUGUCUGGCCUCUCCGUUAUGUCCUGUCCGAUGGCCUUUAUCGUAAAAGACAAGAAGAUUAUGUGGCGUCAGCAGUUUCUUCAGACCUUUACACUCAACCAGUCUAACUUCGAAGCGCAGCUAAAUCACAUUCUGGCAGGUGAAGAACUUGAGUCAAAUGGACCUCACCCACAGGUUGUGGUGGAAGAGGAAGAGGCAGAGGGUAUGGAUGGAGAUAUUUCACUUUUUUGAGCCGUAAAUAUUUUAGACAGGGGUAAAGAGAAGGUAAAAAUAACCGUAUUGUGACGCAAUGCCCAUAAUGGUAAGUAUCUUAUAAAGGCUUGAAAGUUAGUUGAUAAAAAUAAAGAAAUUCAAAUAUAUUCGAGGGAAAAUGAGCAAAGCACACCUAAGCUGAAGCCAUAUUUUAAAUUAAGGCAUCAUAACAAUAAAUCAGGUGA